UUCAUUCAAGGCACCCUACUUUCUAUCUCUCUAUAUAUAUGUGUGUAUAUGUAUAUAUAUAAAUACACACGCACACCUAUAGAUACACAUGCAAGAGUGUAUAUAGAGGUGCGUUGAGUGAGGGGAAAAACAUGUCGUCCCUGAGCAGAGAGCUUGUGUUUUUGAUACUUCAAUUUCUGGAUGAAGAGAAAUUCAAAGAUACUGUUCACAGGUUGGAACAAGAGUCAGGGUUUUUCUUUAAUAUGCAACACUUCGGUGAAUUGGUAACAAAUGGAGAAUGGGAUGAGGUAGAAAAGUAUCUUUCAGGCUUCACAAAGGUUGAUGAUAACAGAUAUUCAAUGAAAAUCUUCUUUGAGAUCAGAAAGCAAAAAUAUCUCGAAGCUCUUGACAGGAAGGAUCGCUCUAAAGGUGUUGAAAUACUAGUAAAGGACUUGAAGGUUUUUUCUGCUUUUAAUGAAGAUCUUUUCAAAGAAAUAACACAGCUUCUGACUCUUGAGAAUUUCAGAGACAAUGAGCAAUUAUCUAAAUAUGGAGACACCAACUCUGCUAGGAACAUUAUGCUUGGUGAGCUGAAAAAAUUGAUUGAAGCAAACCCCCUGUUUCGUGAUAAACUUAACUUUCCAACCUUGAAGAACUCAAGGCUCCGGACAUUGAUUAAUCAGAGUUUGAAUUGGCAGCACCAGCUCUGUAAGAAUCCAAAGCCUAAUCCUGACAUAAAGACAUUAUUUGUUGAUCACUCUUGUGGGCAGUCACAGCCAAAUGGUGCUCGUGCCCCUUCCCCUGUUACUAAUCCUCUAAUGGGAGCUGUUCCUAAGUCUGGGGGAUUUCCAUCUCUAGGUUCUCAUGGUCCUUUUCAGCCAUCACCUGCUCCUCUGCCAACAUCUCUUGCGGGUUGGAUGGCUAAUCCAUCUCAGAUUCCUCAUCCCCAACCUUCGGCUGGGCCCAUUGGUUUCACUCCACCAAGCAAUGCAGGCUUAAUAAAGCGUCCUAGGACUCCACCGACAAAUAAUCCACCUUUGGACUAUCAAACAGCUGAUUCUGAACAUGUGUUGAAGAGGCCAAGACCAUUUGGAAUUUCUGAUGAAGUUCACAAUAUGUCUGUCAGUAUUUUACCUGUUGGAUAUGGCAACCAGAAUCAUGGUCAAAGUUCAUGCUCAACAGAUGAUUUGCCAAAAGCUGUUGUUAUGACAUUGAACCAGGGUUCAGCAGUCAAGAGUAUGGAUUUUCAUCCUGUGCACCAGAUUCUACUUCUUGUUGGGACAAGCUCAGGAGAGAUAAUGAUUUGGGAAUUAGGUACUAGGGAGAGGCUUGCUCACAAAAGUUUCAAAGUUUGGGAUAUUGAGGCAUGUUCUGCGACCUUGCAGGCUUCUAUGGCUAAAGAGUACUCUGCUUCAAUUAAUCGUGUAAUGUGGAGCCCUGAUGGAUCUCUAUUUGGUGUUGCAUACUCCAAACAUAUUGUGCACAUCUACUCAUAUCAUGGUGCUGAUGAUUUAAGAAACCAUUUUGAGAUUGAAGCUCACAUAGGAAGUGUCAAUGAUAUUGCUUUCUCAUAUCCCAACAAACAACUUUGUAUCAUUACUUGUGGGGAGGACAAGCUAAUUAAGGUGUGGGAUACAGUAACAGGCACUAAACAGUACACCUUUGAGGGACAUGAAGCGCCUGUUUAUUCCGUAUGUCCACAUCACAAAGAAAAUAUUCAGUUUAUCUUCUCAUUGGCAACUGAUGGAAAAAUAAAAGCAUGGUUGUAUGAUAAUGCGGGUUCCAGAGUUGAUUAUGACGCUCCAGGUCGUUCAUCAACCACUAUGGCUUACAGUGCUGAUGGCAUGAGGUUGUUUUCAUGCGGCACCAACAAAGAAGGGGAGUCAUUCCUUGUUGAGUGGAAUGAAAGUGAUGGAGCUGUUAAGCGAACUUAUCUUGGUAUUGGGAAGCGUUCUUCGGGGAUUGUUCAAUUUGAUACUACUAAGAACAGGUUUCUUGCAGCUGGUGAUGAGUUCACAGUCAAAUUUUGGGAUAUGGACAAUGUGAACUUGUUGACCACUACUGAUGCGGAUGGCGGAUUACCGGCAUCUCCUUGUCUUAGAUUUAACAAAGAAGGAAUGUUAUUGGCUGUUUCAACAAGUGAGAAUAGCAUCAAAAUUUUGGCAAAUGCAGAUGGUGCUAGGCUCUUGCGAACAAUGGAAAAUCGUCCAUUUGAUGUUUCUAGAGUUACCUCUGCUGCUGUGAAGCCACCUGCAAUGGGGAACUUCGGUGCUCCAAAUGGACCUGUUGUACCAACCAUUGUAGAUCGAAUGUCUCCAAUGACAUCCAUUGUUGCAAUGAAUGGCGAAAGUCGAAAUUUGGCAGAUGUGAAACCGAGAAUUGUGGAUGAGCCUGCAGAGAAAUCUAGAAUCUGGAAGUUGACUGAGAUCAGUGAACCAUCACAGUGCCGCUCCUUGAAACUUCCUGAUAAUUUGCCAGCAUCAAAGAUUUCAAGAUUGAUAUACACAAAUUCGGCAUUUGCCAUAUUGGCAUUAGCUGCAAAUGCGGUGCACAAACUCUGGAAAUGGCCUAAGACUGAAAGAAACCUUAAUGGAAAGGCAAAUGCUAGUAUCGCUCCUCAACUAUGGCAGCCUGCAAGUGGAAUAUUGAUGACGAAUGAUAUCAGUGAGACAAAUCCAGAAGAUGCAGUUCCUUGCUUUGCAUUGUCUAAGAAUGAUUCUUAUGUCAUGUCUGCUUCUGGAGGGAAAAUAUCAUUAUUUAAUAUGAUGACUUUUAAGACUAUGACAACCUUCAUGUCCCCUCCGCCUGCAGCUACAUUUUUGGCGUUCCAUCCCCAAGACAACAACAUUAUAGCUAUAGGCAUGGAGGAUUCCUCGAUCCAAAUAUAUAAUGUCCGAGUCGAUGAGGUGAAAACCAAGCUUAAAGGACAUCAUAAAAGAAUUACCGGCCUUGCAUUCUCUAAUGCUCUGAAUGUACUUGUAUCGUCAGGAGCUGACUCUCAGUUGUGUGUUUGGAGCACUGAUGCUUGGGAGAAGCAGACAAGUAAAUGCUUGCAAAUUCCAGUAGGGCGCUCAGCUGCCUCUCUUGCAGACACCCGUGUGCAGUUUCACCAGGAUCAGAUUCAGUUGCUAGUAGUGCACGAGACACAGAUAGCCAUAUAUGAAGCACCCAAACUGGACUGCCGUAGACAGUGGGUGCCCCGAGAAGCAAGUGCAAUCACACAUGCUACAUAUUCAUGCGAUAGCCAGUCUAUAUUUGUGAGUUUUGAAGAUGGAGGUGUAGGUAUUCUAACAGCUACAAACCUCCGAUGGAGAUGUCGAAUAUACCCUACUUCAUACCUCACUUCUAACCCAAGUCUGAGAGUCCAUCCUCUAGUGAUUGCUGCACACCCGUCUGACCCUAAUCAGUUUGCGCUGGGACUGAGCGAUGGUAGUGUAAUCGUACUGGAGCCACCAGAGUCUGAAGGAAAGUGGGGAACUUUACCCCCAAAUGAAAAUGGAGCUGGACCAAGUGCUGCCGGUUCAGAUCAACCCCAGAGGUAGCAGUGGAGUCUUAUCCGGGAAAUCUCCCUGACAUGAAGAGAAAAUAGUGGAAAGAAAAGUGUAAUCAAGAAGAAGGGGAAGCUGCUUCUAUAUUAGGCGAUGUGUAGUUGUAGAUGAUAAUCUUUAGCUUCACAGAGUUGGUUUAGGGGCUGGUGAAAUUUGAUGUAGGGUCAGGGUCAGGGUCAUUUUGUUUUGUUUUUAGAAUGGAAGGGUUAUCUGAAAAUGGUGUAAAUUUCGUCAGGGGGGAUUUGGCAAAGUGGAGAAGACCUUUGCAUGGGUGGUGGGUGGGUGGGUCUUUGUAACUUGACCAGUACUUGUUUUUCAAGGUUUUGUAAAAUCCUGCUCCACCUCAAUUCAUUUGUUCAUUCACAUUA